CGGCCCUUUAAACGCGCGGGGCUGCUCCGGGGGCCGCAGCCCAGGACCGCGCCACGAGGGCCGAGCGGGGCGCGGCGGCCAGCGCUCGCGCGGCCGGGGCAGCUGAUGGUUGUGGCCCGCCCCCUCUUCCCCACCUGCCUGCUGUCUGCCCCUCACCUCCACCACCCUGGCUCCCCUCCCUCAUGACCGCCUGGAUCCUCCUUCCUGUCAGCCUGUCAGCGUUCUCCAUCACUGGCAUAUGGACUGUGUAUGCCAUGGCCGUGAUGAACCGCCACGUGUGUCCCGUGGAGAACUGGUCCUACAACGAGUCCUGCUCUCCUGAUCCUGCUGAGCAAGGGGGCCCCAAGACCUGCUGUACUUUGGACGAUGUCCCCCUCAUCAGCAAGUGCGGCACCUACCCCCCSGAGAGCUGCCUCUUCAGCCUCAUUGGGAACGUGGGUGCUUUCAUGGUGGCCCUCAUCUGCCUCCUGCGGUAUGGGCAGCUCCUGGAGCAGAGCCGGCACUCUUGGGUUAACACCACAGCGCUCAUCACAGGCUGCACCAACGCCGCGGGCCUCGUGGUGGUUGGCAACUUUCAGGUGGACCAUGCCAAGCCUCUGCACUACGUGGGAGCUGGUGUGGCCUUCCCUGCAGGGCUGCUCUUUGUCUGUCUGCACUGUGCCCUGUCCUACCAUGGAGCAACCACCCCCCUGGACCUGGUGGUGGCCUACCUGCGCAGUGUGCUGGCUGCCAUCGCCUUCGUCACCCUGGUCCUCAGUGGCGUCUUCUUUGUCCACGAGAGCUCCCAGUUACAGCACGGGGCAGCCCUGUGUGAGUGGGUGUUCGUCAUCGAUAUCCUCAUUUUCUAUGGCACCUUCAGCUAUGAGUUUGGGGCAGUGUCCUCAGACACUCUGGUGGCCGCUCUGCAGCCUGCCCCUGGCAGGGCCUGCAAGUCCUCGGGCAGCAGCAGCACCUCCACACACCUCAACUGUGCCCCCGAGAGCAUCGCCAUGAUCUGAGGCCUGGAGGGCAGCUGGCCAGCUCUGCAGCACCCCUCAUCUUCUUUGCAUUUACUUUGUACCAAAAACCAUUUUUAGAAAGUAUUCUGUUGGGAUCUGGGCGUCCUUGCCCUGGAGAAGUGGCCAUGCGUGUGCCGCAGAGCUGCUUUGUGCUCAGCCAGUCCUCCCCUCCAGCCAGCCCUCAGGUGCCUUCUCCCAGUGCCACAGCCAGACCACUGGGGCUUCCUGCUGCAGGAAUUGGGGGCUGGGGACAGCAGGGAGGACGAGGGAAGAGCACGCCUUAGCCUACAGGAAGGCCCGCCCUGGGCCCCUGAGCUGCACUGGAUCUUCACUCUGCCCCUCACUUCCUUUAGGGCAAAUAACACAGCAGAACCACAUGGGUAUUUUAGUACUUUUUUAUAUCUAUUAAAAGAAUUCUAAUUUGCA